GUUGAAAGCUUGACGCCUCCCUCGAGUCUGAUAUAAAAGGACCCACUCUGGAACGGGAAUCACUCAUUCCAACGAUCUCGGCAGAAGACACCAACCUCCGCUAAAAUGAAGACUUUCGCCGCCACUCUCUGCGCCCUCCUAGUCGGCAGCGUUUACGCUGAGGAAGCCGCCAAGACGGAAAAGGUCGAGGCGCGCGGUGGCUUUCUGGGCGCGGGUCUCGGAGUCGGCGGCUACGGUGCCGGUGUGGGACCCGUUGUCGGAGGUGUUGGUCUGGGACAUGGUGGUCUCGGAGGAUAUGGCGGAGGCUUCCAGUCCGGCUAUGGCUCUCAGGCCGGUGGCCACCAGGCUGGAUUCCAGAGUGGCGCUGCCGGACACAACCAGGGGUCUGCGGGUUUCGCCGGCGGUGCUGCCAACAGGAACGUGAACGCCUACAACCACAACCGCGGCUACAGCCACAGCUCAGGAUUCUCGGCCUCUGACAGCAAGAACUUCGGUGCCGGACACAAGCAGGGAUCGUCCGGAUUCCAGGGUGGUGCUGCCGGACACCAGGGAGGCUACGGACAGUCGUCGUUCGGACACCAGGCCGGUGGGGGCUACGGCGGUGGAUACCUCGGCUAAAGGGUCUCUGCUUUAUCGCCAGAUGAACAUAUAUGCUCUGCCUCGCUGCAAGGGCACAUGUGUAGGGAAUAAACUGUGGUAUUCCUUAUUUAAGCACAAAUGUCUUUUUUUCUGAUGGUUUAUACGCUAAAAGCAUGAUUAGCUUGCAAUGGCUUGCUUCCAUCACGCCGAAGACAACCUGUGAUGGAAUAGUUCAAGAAUUGCGCCAGCAUUGAAGGACGGUCGUAGUGACCAUGAGGUCAGGAAGGAAAUACAUCAAGUUUGUUAUCCGCUAUCACUGAGAAUGGUCCUGCUCACCCAGAGGUGGCAAAGAGUGGUACAUUUGAACAAUUUUUGACCAAUGAUCAGUGGCAUCACUCGGCUUACUGGCAUCCGCUACAGUUACCGGCAUCCGAUGCGGCUGCUCGGCAGUGAAGUGGUUCUAUGUGAGGAAGGGAAAGCU